GCGAAGAUGUUAUCAGAUCCCGAGAAUCGGGGCGAACGGCAACAACACAUCAACUUCGAUACGUUGGGCACGUGCAGAGCAUAUCACAUCAACUUCGAUACGUUGGGCACGUGGGAUAAUCGCAUUGACUUUAAUCUAUUGCUUCAGCAGAGCAUAAAACACGGCAAACCUAUACCCAAGAUAUCGGCCGAAGACAUCGGCUUUGCCACCGCUUUGGGCAGAAGAAUGACUAACGAAGACAUCUAUAAUGUGACAGAAAUUGAUACAAAUUUGUUAUAUUUCGGUGUCUUUGACGGACACGGAGGACAGGCGUGCGUUCAGUACUGCAACGAUAAUAUGAUAACACAUAUCAAGUAUUGGCUCAAUAGGGAUGAGAAGGACUUGCAGUUUAUUUUGGAAAACUCUUUCCUAGAAUUAAAUAACUCUUUCGCCCGAUUCGUGACAUUCAAUCCGUUCGUCGAGGGCCGCAACUCGUUUUCGGGAACCACUGCCACAGUGUGUUUGUUGAGGAAUGGCAUUGAGUUGGCUGUCGCUCAUUGCGGUGACAGUCGAGCCCUGUUGUGCAGGAAUGGCGAAGUGAUGCGUUUGACGACUGACCACAACUCUAACGUUACGGCAGAAAAAGAGCGGAUCAUUACAAGCAAUGGUUUUAUCAAAAAUGAUAGCUUAGGCGUCGGACUCGUCAACGGAAGACUCGCGAUGACGCGAAGUAUCGGUGACUUAGAUCUGAAACCAUACGGAGUGAUAGCACUGCCCGACACCCGAAUCAUUGAAAUAAAACACGGAAGGGAUGCGUUCGUAAUACUGACCACCGAUGGCGUCAAUUACGUGAUGAGCGACAAGGAAGUGGUGGAUGCGGUGCAGAGUUGCGGCAAACCGUCAGAAGCGGCCCAAUUCGUGACGGAUCAGGCGCUGCACUACGCGUGUCAGGACAACGCCACGGCUUUGGUGGUGCCGNAAUAUCUAUACAAUCAGUUACAAUGA